AUGAUUGUUAAAGGACUUUCGCAUAUUCAUUGCAAAGAAAUCAUCCAUUGUGACCUCAAGCUGGAGAACAUUCUUUUGUUUCCUUCAGAUAUGCCGUCGUACUUGUCAUCGGAGGUAUUUUCCGGUCAUAUUGAUGCUCCAAUGGAUAUAUGGGCACUUGGCUGUAUAGUAAUUGAAAUGCUAACUGAAUUGCCUGCAUGGGGUGAGAGCUUUUUGUCUACUGAAGAGUAUUUGAGGUUCUUCAUUGAGUAUCUUGAACUAUUACCAAAGAAGGCGAAAGGAAUCAGUUUUUUCUGUUGUGAUUUUCUAGAAAAGUGCUUUAUAAAGGAUCCUAGCAAGAGGUGGAUUGCUGACAUGCUUCUUGAUCAUCAUUUUCUUUAG